GUAAACAAAAAAAGCCAUCCUCUCUCUCUCUCUUGCACCCAACCCACCGCCCUUCUAUCUUUCCUGCAGCGUCUUUACCAUGGAAUAUUAAGCUGCCUGUCCUGCCCUUCCCUGAGCCACUUUUCUGACACAGCAAUGAUAUCCCAGUCCCAUAAUCACAGAAUCCCUACAGUAAUAGAAACAGACCAUUCAGCCCAACAAGUCCACAUUGUCCCUCUGAAGAGCAUCCUACCCAGACCCACUCUCCUACUCCUGUAUUUCCCAUGUCUAACCCACCUAACCUAAAUAUUCCUGGGCACAUCGGGCAAUUUAGCAUGGCCAAACCACCUACCCUUCACAUCUUUGGACUGUGGGAGGAAACUGGAGCACCCGGAGGAAACCCACAAGACACGGGGAGAACGUGCAAACUCCACACAGACAGUUGCCUGGAUGUGGGAAGAAGUCACAGCCCUGUGUUUACACUGCUCCUGACCGGGGUUUCCCCAGCCCUGGGAAUAACUGUCCCCAACCCCAACUCUGAUCACAGAGGGACAGAGAGAGAGAGAGAAGGGGCAGGAAAAGGGAGAGAAAGACUGUGCACAAGAGGAAAAGAGAGGGAUAGAAAAGAGUAGACAGAAAUCGAAGAGGAGAGAGAGGAGUAAAGAGACACAGGAUCAAAGAGGGGGAUAGUAUCAGAGUGAUGGAGAUAACUAAAUACAGGCGGACAGGGAGAAUGAGAGAGGGAGGUUCAUGUGUUUAUCACUUUUGUCCACCCUCCUCUCUUGCUCCAUCACUGACUAUCUCUUCCUGUUACAACACCCUCUCUCUCCGUAUCAAAGUCUCUCUGUAUCUAUUCGUCUGUGUGCCUCUGUUCCCUAUCUCUCUCGUUUUGUCUUGGUGUGUCUUCUCCUCCUGCAUCUCUCUCCCUCACAUUUCCCUCUUUUCUGUCAGUCACCUUCCUCUCUCUUUCUGCCCUCUUACUCCAAUUCCCACCCCACCCCAACCGCGGCUCCUUAACCCCAUGCUUCACCCUCCCUCUUGCCUUUAGCCUUGACAUACUCUCCAUCCCUUCAAACCCCGCUCCUGUCCUCCGACCCCUCUUCUCCUCCUACCCUCCAUCAUUCCCUCCUCCCUCCAUCAUUCCCUCUCUCUCCAGUGGAAGGAGCUGCUGAGAUUGGCUGGGAUUUGGGAAGCUCCGGGAGCCGCUGCCUGCCGCUCGGAGCCGUUCCGCCGCGCUCUCCGGAGGCUCUGGGCCGGGGAUCGGGUUUGUCUGGCAACAGAGUAGACAUCAUCUCACCUGAAACUGGUUGGCAUUAGCGCGAUGCCCAGGAACCGUGCAUUUUCAGAGCCAGAGUACUCAGCAGAAUGUUCGGUCAGCCUGCCCUCUGACCCUGAGCAGGGUGUGGAACGGAGCCGAGAAGUGACAGUCAGGAAUUCGGGAUGUUGCCUUUGCCUCCCCCGAUUCAUGAGACUGACUUUUGUGCCCGAAUCCCUGGAGAACCUUUACCAGACAUACUUCCGCCGGCAACGACAUGAUACCCUCCUGGUUCUGGUGGUCUUCGCUGCACUAUUUGACUGUUACAUCAUCAUCACAUGUGCGGUGCUGUACUCCAGUGACAAGUUAGCCUCUCUCCUGGUAGCUGGAAUUGGACUGGCUGUCCAUCUCCUCCUCUUCGUCUUAUGUCGGUUUGGACUUGUCCCGGAAAAAAUUUCCCAGAAGGUCGUUCCAUAUAGUCUGUGGGUCCUCAUCGCCGCCCAGAUCUUCUCCUACCUGGGCCUGAACUUCUCCCACUCUCAUGAGGCCAGUGACACAGUGGGCUGGCAAGCUUUCUUCACCUUCUCCUUCUUCAUCACCCUACCACUGCAGCUGACACCCAUUGUCCUCAUCACCGGCACCACAUGUGGGGUUCACACCCUUGUUCUGGGAGUCACCAUCGCCCAGCAACAACAGGAGCAGAUCAACAGUAUGGCCUUGGUACAGCAGCUAUUAGCUAACAUCAGUAUCUACCUCUGUGCCAUCACUGUGGGGAUCAUGUCUUACUACAUGGCAGAUCGCAAACAUCGCAAAGCAUUUCUGGAGACACGACAAUCUCUGGAGGUUAAACUCAACCUGGAGGAACAGAGCCAACAGCAGGAACGUCUCCUUCUGUCUAUUCUACCAAAGCACAUUGCAGAUGAGAUGUUAAACGACAUGAAAAAGGACAAAGAGUCAAAGGAGCUACAACAGUUCAACACCAUGUAUAUGUACCGGCAUGAGAAAGUCAGCAUCCUGUUUGCAGAUAUUGUUGGAUUCACUCAGUUGUCAUCCACCUGCAGUGCACAGGAACUGGUCAAACUUCUCAAUGAACUUUUCGCUCGUUUUGAUAAACUGGCAGCGAAGUACCAUCAGCUGCGGAUCAAGAUCCUGGGAGAUUGUUACUACUGUAUCUGUGGCUUACCGGACAACCGUGAUGAUCAUGCUGCCUGCUCCAUUCAUAUGGGCUUGGCUAUGGUGGACGCCAUCUCGUACGUUCGUGAAAAGACAAAAACAGAGGUGAAUAUGCGGGUUGGCAUUCACAGUGGCACUGUCCUCGGUGGUGUCCUGGGGCAGAAGAACUGGCAAUAUGAUGUCUGGUCUACAGAUGUCACGCUGGCAAACAAGAUGGAGGCUGGUGGCAUCCCUGGGAGAGUGCACAUUUCAGAAAGCACCUGUAAUUGCCUGAAUGGAGAGUUUGAGCUUGAACCAGGAGAAGGGGAGAAGAGAAAUGAGUAUUUGCGGGAGAAGGGGAUCACAACAUACCUGGUGGUGGUGGCAAAGUCUGCAGCUGUCAAGAAUGGGAUCAAUGGAGUGAAGUUGUCUCUCACAUCAUCCAAUGGAAACUCACCACUGUUGAUCAACACCACAGACUGUAAUGGCAGUCUCCAUACUCACUGCACCACCCCUGAUGACCCAGAGGAACUUGAUACACGGGUGGUUAACCCUUCAUUUCCAAACCCUCGGAGGCGCCUGCGAUUGCGUGAUAUAUCGGAGCAGGUGAUUGAUGCUCAGCAGAACCAACUGGAGCUGAAUCGCUUAUUGAAUGCAGCUUUGUUAGAGCGAGAGAACGUGCAGGCGUUGAAAGGGAAAUCCACAAACCGUCUCUCGAUGCGAUUCAUUGACCCUGAGCUGGAGAGCCGCUUCUCACUGGAGAGGGAGAAACAGAGUGGAGCAGCUUUCAGCUGUUCCUGUGUCGUCCUCACCUUCACCUUCUUAGUGCAGCUUCUUAUUGACCCCGGAUUGCUAAUGAAUUACAUCACGUUCAUUGUUGGGGAGAUUCUACUCUUGAUCCUAACCCUAUGUUCCCUGGCUGCCAUCUUCCCCAGGGUCUUCCCCAAGAAACUGGUUUUCUUCUCAACGUGGAUUGACCGGACGCGAUGGGCCAGGAACAUCUGGGCAAUGGCUGCUAUUCUAAUCCUCACUGCUGUAGAUAUUGUAGACAUGUUGAGCUGUCUGCAUAGUUACCAAGCUUCAUCAAAAGGAAAUCUGACCCACAUCAGCAGGAGCUGUGUGAAACAACCAAAAUACUACAGCUACAUCUCUGUGCUGGCACUCAUUGCCACAACCAUGUUGGUGCAGGUCAGCCACAUGGUGAAGGUGUUCCUGAUGUUCAUGAUCACUGGGAGCUAUGGCUUGAUCAGUGUCCUGAACUGGCGAGACGUCUAUGACGAGUAUGACCGAGAACGUUUUCAGGAAUUUCGGUAAGUAUAUAAAAUACCCUGA